CCAAUGCAUGCAAGUGGUCAGAGACGAGUAGAACAAAAUGAACAGCAUUAAAGUCUCGCAGGUGUCCGUGUGUUGUAUGUUGCUGUGCUGCGGUUCUCUGGCUGUACCUCUGGACUGCAAUGAUGGGACCAGCUGCAUUUCUAUUUCUCCCGAGAAACUUCUGGAUCGUGUCAUCCAACACGCCGAGCUCAUCUACCGUGUCUCUGAAGAGUCCUCUACUCUGUUUGAGAAAAUGUUUGUCCCGAUUUCUCCAAGUGCUUUAAGAAAUCCGGGAGGAAAGGUGUGCCACAGCAAGUCCUUCCCCAUCCCAAACACUAAGAGCGAGAUUCAGCAGAUAUCGGAUAAGUGGCUGCUUCACUCUGUGCUUAUACUGGUGCAGUCCUGGAUCGAACCAUUCCUCUAUCUGCAGACUUCUCUUGAACAAUACGCCAAUGCGCCUGGCGAUCUGGUUAACAAGACCAAGUGGGUGUCUGAUAAACUGCUCAGCCUUGAGCAGGGGGUGGUGGUUCUCAUCCGCAAGAUGUUGGAUGAAGGGGUUUUGAUGUCAUCCUUUGUCUUCGAGGAAGCACUGAGCCCGUAUGAUGCGCAGUCCCCCGAGGAAUCUGUCCUGAGGGACUCCAAUCUUCUCACCUGCUUCAAGAAGGAUGCUCAUAAGAUGGAGACCUUCUUAAAGCUUCUCAAAUGCCGUGAGACCAACAAGCUCUCCUGUCUUUUCCACUGAACAAGCUCCCAAAGCAUCUCCGCAAAUAAAAUUAAAAAUAGCUUAAAGGUGAGAAAAUCUUACCGUACGUGAAUCGAAACGUUCGCCUUGAAUCAUAUUGUAGCUUUUUAAGAUGUCAUUGGCCAAGGCUGUCAGAAUAAAUGUUAACCCACAUUAAACGAGUGUGCAACAUUUGAAGAUAUCCUUGGUUUUCUGGCU